GAGGCACAGACGGAGACGGGAACAGGGAAUGUGCCACCCUGUAGACUGAGCAACAUGUGAACGCCAUGCGUGUGGAUAUGUAUUGUUACAGCUGACUGAAGCCCAAUGGGGUCUGGAGCGAGUCAGAGACAAGAUUCAGUUUCAGAGAGCCCCCUCUCAUCACAGCCCAACACUGAGACAGAUUCAGGCAACACUUCUUUCCGCGCGCCGGUCAUCAUCAUCACCGCUCCAUCACGAGAAGACAUCUUUGCUGCGCCGUCCAACGUCACCAUAGCUGAUGCUAUGAAAGAGCGGAGGCCUAGGUCUACACCCUUUGUAGUGGGGAGGAAAAUCGGAACCAGCCAGUAACCAAACAUGUACAAGUGCAUGAUCGGCUUCAAAACAAACCACGGCCCCAUGCUUGCUGGAAGUCCUACCUGACGUUUCUCUUCUCCUCUGAGCUGUAAGCCUUCAACACCUCGGAGAAUGGACGCUGUCGGAGAGGAUGAACCGGACUCUAUCAGGCUGAGAUCCAUUAAAGACAAGAAAACCUUCACAGUGCCUCAGAAGGACAGGUUUGGAAGCUGCAGAAGUGUCAGGGAGUUUGAGAAACUCAACCGAAUAGGGGAAGGAACAUACGGCAUUGUGUACCGAGCCCGUGACACCAAGUCAGAUGAGAUUGUAGCUUUAAAGAAGGUUCGCAUGGACAACGAGAAGGAUGGGAUCCCCAUCAGCAGCCUGAGAGAGAUCACUCUGCUGCUGAGGCUGAGACAUCCGAACAUCGUGGAGCUGAAGGAGGUGGUUGUAGGCAGCCAUCUGGAGAGUUUGUUUCUGGUGAUGAGUUACUGUGAGCAGGACCUGGCCAGUCUGCUGGAAAACAUGCAGACGCCGUUUUCUGAAGCUCAGGUGAAGUGCAUCGUCCUGCAGCUGCUCAGAGGUUUGGAGUAUCUCCAUCACAGCUUCAUUAUUCACCGGGACCUGAAGGUGUCUAAUCUGCUGAUGACCGACGAAGGCUGCGUUAAGAUCGCUGAUUUCGGGUUGGCCCGGAUGUACGGUAUCCCCCAGCCGCCAAUGACCCCCAGAGUCGUCACACUGUGGUACCGAGCUCCAGAGCUCCUCCUGGGGACAAAGACUCAAACUACAGCUCUGGACAUGUGGGCAGUGGGCUGUAUCCUGGCUGAGCUGCUGGCCCACAAACCUCUGCUUCCCGGAACCUCUGAGAUCCAGCAGGUCGACCUGAUCGUGCAGCUGCUGGGAACCCCCAACGAGAACAUCUGGCCGGGUUUCUCUCAGCUGCCCCUCAUCAGUCAGUACAGUCUGAGGAAGCAGCCGUACAACAACCUGAAGAACAAGUUCACCUGGUUGUCUGACGCUGGACACCGACUGCUCAACCUGCUCUUCAUGUACAACCCACAGCGCAGAGCGACCGCCAAAGACUGUCUGGACAGCUCCUACUUCAAAGAGAAACCCCUGCCCUGCGAGCCGGAGUUGAUGCCGACGUUCCCACACCAUCGAAACAAGAGAGCAGCUCCUCCGGCGGAGAGCAACUCCAAGAGGAGGAGCAAAGUCUGAGGAGGACGAUGACUGCCCCCUGGUGGGGAGCUGCAGUCCUCCUGAGAAGGUGCCACACUGUGAAAUUGUGAGCAAAGUUUGCUUAAAACUAACAGGUUUAAUGAACUAUAACUAGAGAGCACGGUUUAUACAAACUAUGGAGUUUUUCCAGGACAGUUUCUGUGUUUUCUGAAACUUUAUUUGUGAUUUCUAACUGCGCCUCAAAAACAAAAGUUACAUUUAGCACGAAUCACUUCAGUGGAGGAGGCUCUACAGGCCUAAAAGGGAUUUCUGUCAGUUCUCAAAUCAAUAUCCAAGAAAAAAAUGUUUUAAUAGCCAACUCUUGCUGAAUUAGAGCCUGUUAAUUUGUUUCAUGGCAAAGGACAGAAAAUAUGGUUAAAAUGUCUGAAACUCAUCUGAUGGUGACUGAAUGUUAGUUUUCCUGACUCUAUAAAGGCCUUUGUUUUUCUUAUUUGGUGAAUUCUGCCUCUGUAUUGUACAGUAGUGCUUUGAUAGGCACAAUGUAAAUGUAUGCUGUAGUUUUCCAGGUUUAAGCAUCUCUGCUGAGGUCCUAGAUCUAAAUGGUUGUAAUAUAACCCUGACACCAGGAUAUGUUCUGUUGCAUAUUUCAGUAAAAAUGUCAUGACGGUAAA